AUGGCUGACCAAGAAGUUUUAGUUUUGAGAGGUACUUUGAAAGGCCACAAUGGAUGGGUCACAUCCUUGGCUACCAACGCAACCAAGCCAGACUUGUUGUUGUCUGGUUCCAGAGACAAGACCUUGAUUGCCUGGAACUUGACUGGUGGUGAAGACCACGAGUUCGGUGUUGCCAAGAAGUCUUUCAUCGGCCACUCUCACAUCGUUUCCGAUGUUACUAUCUCUGCUGACGGUGCUUACGCUUUGUCUGGUUCUUGGGACAAGACCUUGAGAUUGUGGGACUUGGAGACCGGAAGAUCCACCAAGAGAUUUGUUGGACACACUGGUGAUGUUUUGUCUGUCUCCAUUGCCAACAACUUGAGACAAAUUGUUUCUGCCUCCCGUGACAAGACUGUUAAAGUCUGGAACACUAUUGGUGAGUGCAUGGCUACUUUGUCCGGUCACAAGGACUGGGUUUCUGCUGUCAGAUUCUCACCUGAUAAGGAGACUUCUACUGUCAUCUCUGCUUCUUGGGACAAAACUGUCAAGUCCUGGGACUUGAACGACUACAAGCUUAACGCCGACUUCAUUGGACACACUGGUUACAUUUCAUGUAUCACCAUCUCCCCUGAUGGAUCGUUGAACGCUUCCGCUGGCAAGGACGGUGUUAUCAUCUUGUGGGACUUGAACACCAACAACACCUUGUACACCUUGAACGCUUCGUCUGAGGUCCACGCUUUGGCUUUCUCUCCAAGCAGAUACUGGUUGGCUGCUGCCACCUCCUCUGGUAUCAAGAUCUUCAACUUGCAAGAGAGAACUUUGUUGGAUGAGUUGAAGCCUGAGUUCACUGUCAGCGCCAAGGCUAAGGAGCCAGAGGCUAUUUCUUUGGCCUGGUCUGCUGACGGCCAAAACUUGUUUGCCGGUUACACUGACAACAUCAUCAGAGUUUGGCAAGUCAUGACCUCUUCUGCUUAA